AGUGCCUGAACAGUUGCGGACUGGGAAGGAAGCUUCCCACUUUGGACUGAGCUUCUUUUUAUUUUUGGAGGAAACUACGCUGAUAUGAAGCUGCUGCAAGAACCAGAGGACGCGACCAGCAACAGAAAGCUGAUCAAAUCUCAGGUGGAGAAACGCAGGAGGGAGCGAAUGAACCACAGUCUGGAGCGUCUGAGGACCAUGUUGCUGCAGCAGCCUCGGCAGGGGGGGACCAGACACAGACUGGAGAAGGCGGAGAUCCUGGAGCACACGGUGCUGUUCCUACAGAAGGCGGCGGGCGCCCCCCCCCCCCCGGGGCGGGGGGGCCGGGGGCAGCCCUUCCAGGACGGGUUCUCCUCCUGCCUGCAGAGGGCCUCCUGCUUCCUGGGGCAGAAGUCCAGGAACGGGAUCCCCACGGGGGCCACAGGGGCCCACAGGGGACCCCCACAACAGGACCGGGGGAGGACCAGGAUGGAGACAAGGAUGGAGACAAGGAUGGAAACAAGGAUGGAAACCAAGAUGGAAACCAGGCCAAAUAUCAGGCCAGAGACCAGGCCUGAGACAAGGAUGGAGACAAGGCCAGAAACCAGGCCAGAACUGGAAACCAGGAUGGAAACCAGGCCGGAAACAAAGCCGAAAACGAGGCCUGAGACCAGGCCAAAGAUCAGGCUGGAGACCAGGAUGGAGACCAGGAUGGAAACCAGGCCAGAACUGGAAACCAGGCCUGAGACCAGGAUGGAAACCAGGCCAGAAACAAGGCAUGAGACCAGGCCAAAGAUCAGGCCAGAACUGGAAACCAGGAUGGAAACCAGGCCAGAAACAAGACCCAGACUGGAGAAGGCGGAGAUCCUGGAGCACACGGUGCUGUUCCUGCAGAAGGCGGCGGGCGCCCCCCCCCCCCCCGGGGCGGGGGGGCCGGGGGCAGCCCUUCCAGGACGGGUUCUCCUCCUGCCUGCAGAGGGCCUCCCAAUUCCUGGGGCAGAAGUCCAGGAACGGGAUCCCCACGGGGGCCACGGGGGACACGGGGGGCCGGGGGGCCCACAGGGGACCCCCACAACAGGCCCGGGGGAGGACCAGGAUGGAGACCAGGAUGGAGACAAGGAUGGAAACCAGGCCUGA